CCAGGUGAGGUUGGCAGUUAAAAGGGAAAAUCCGUAACCUGGAGUCAGACACAGCGCUGACACAGAUUUUCCAUUUAUAAGCAAUUCACUUCCAAAGGAUAGAUGUUUCUAUUGCUCCUGAGUCUGGCGGCUGCCAGUUGCGUGGCUGUGCAGGGAGACUGUUCUCGGGCAGCCUGUUACCCUCCGUCAGUCGAGCUGCUGUUGGGAAGAGCCAGUCAACUCCGUGCUUCAUCGACAUGUGGUCUACACGGUUCACAAAAAUACUGCAGCCCAACCUUCAUCUACGGACAGUGGAUGUUGCAGUGCUGUGUGUGCGACUCGAGAAACAGCCUAAGCUCCAACACGCAGCGAAUCAGCCACCGGAUAGAGAACGUGCUUCCGUCAGGUGAUGGAAAGACCUGGUGGCAAUCGGAAAACAAUCGGGACCAGGUGACUAUACAGUUAGACAUGGAAGGAAAGUUCCAACUUAAUGAUGUCUUUCUAAAAUUCAAGACUUCACGCCCCGCUGCCUUAAUGAUUGAACGCUCCACAGAUUCCGGACAGACUUGGAAACCGUACAAGUAUCUCGCUGAAGACUGUGCCCUCUACUUCCCCCAGAUCAGCACAAAUCAUCCGCAGAACUUCAACGAUGUGUUCUGUGAGUUCAUGCCCCUCAGGCAAGAUGCCUCUGAUAAGCAGCUGACAUUUAGCCCACUCAAACAGGCUGAUUUCAUCGGAGCCUACAACAGCGACAAGAUCAACAAUUUAACACCAUUUACAAACCUGAGAAUUAACUUUUUGAAACCCCAGAAGCAAUCCGACUCUUUCUAUCUCCGCAACGCUGACGCGUACUAUGACGUGUAUGAAAUGAAGGUGCAGGGCAGCUGCUUCUGCAAUGGACACGCAGAUCGCUGUGUUUCACAGUCGAUUUUUAAUCCCAGAGGACCCAGGCCAUCGGUACCAGUGCAAUGUGGUUGCAGGCACAACACAGCAGGCAAGAACUGUGAGAUGUGUAUGGACUUCUACAAUGACCAACCGUGGAAACCAGCGAGUGACCACAAUACCAACGAGUGUAAAAAGUGCAACUGCAACAAUCACUCCCAGAAGUGCCACUUUGAUGAGCAGAUAUUCAGAGCCAGCGGAGGGAGCAGUGGUGGGGUCUGUGAAGAUUGCCAGCACAACACAAUGGGAAAGAACUGCGAGACCUGCAAACCCUUCUUCUACCGCGGGCCACAGCGAGAUGUCACAGCCUUCGAUACCUGCAUUCCUUGCGAGUGCGACCGCAGUGGAUCAUUGAGCGGUGGGAUGUGUGACCAGCAGACCGGCCGGUGUCAGUGCAAGGAGAACGUGGAGGGUCAGCGGUGCGACCGUUGCAAAGCCGGCUUCUACGCCCUGAGCUCCAGCAACCCCCAGGGAUGUCGGGGCUGCAGCUGCAGUUGGAUAGGAUCAAGGUCCGAUGGUGGGUGCAACCAGGGCAAUGGGCAGUGCGACUGUCUGCCCAAAGUAACAGGCCCCACCUGCGACAGAUGUGCGCCCGGCUUCUGGAACCUGAGGAGCGGAAGCGGCUGCCAAGCGUGCAACUGCGACCCCAGCAAAUCUACCAGCCAUCAAUGCGAUCAGGUCACAGGCCAGUGUCCCUGUAAGUCAUUCUUUACCGGAAAAACCUGCAGCGUGGAAGUACUGAGGGAAUGUCCAGACAACUAUUAUGGUGACCCAGCCACACAAUGCCAUCGCUGCAAGUGUGAUCCGACCGGCACCCAGACCGGUGGGUGUGACAAGAGAACAGGGGAGUGUCUGUGCCGCUUGCCGUUCACGGGCAGACGUUGCGACGAGUGCCGACGGGGCCGGGGUUACUGCUCCGUGUACCCCGGAUGCAAGCAGUGCCACCCCUGCUUCCAAAUUGUGGACAGCAAACUGAGCAUCCUGGCCGCUCGUUACAAAACCCUGAUAAACAUCCAACUGCCGGGCAGAGUGGGGCCCAACUACGACUCUCAGAUCCGGGACAUUGAGAACAAACUGAAAGAGGUGAAGGCUGUCAUCACCAACCCGGCCAUGAGAGAAAGUGCCAUCAGAGAGGCCUACGACAAAUUUAACAGACUCAGAGAGGAGGCCAGCUGGAUCAAUCCUAAUGUCAAUAUUAAGGAUGAAAGUUUCCAACUGAACCGCAGGAUGGAAAUCUUAGAAAGUGACAUAAGGUUCAUCAACAACCAAUUCCAGACUAAGAAGAGCCAGGUGGACCAGAUACUCCGUGAGGGUGGGCUAGGCACACAAGAUGCGUAUGACAGUAUUCUCUCAUCGUAUAACCGUUCGGGGAAAGCAAAGGACAAGGUCGCUGGAUUGGAACCCACCAUCAUUAUGUCCAGAAAAGCUCGAUUGAACGCCACCCGAAUGAUUGAAGAACUAAAUCCAGAUAACAGCAACAGACUGAAGAAACUGAAGCAAGAUAUGAAGUCUCCCGACUUGACUCCUCUCGGCAACAAAGUUUGUGGUGGUUCCAGGAACGAGCCAUGCACUCCAGAGACAUGUCCAGAGGACAUCUGUCCCAAGUUCUGCAUUGGGGCCAACUGCUCUAAGGGAAGCCUUCAACUGGCAGCGAAAGCCAUUGAGGCCGCUGAGAAAACAAGCUCGUCUCUACCCAGAGUCAACAGCAGAAUCGCGCAGCUCUCAAAACAGCUUCAAACGACAGAACAAAUGGCCCAACGGAUUAAAUUAAACUCCCUAGAAUUGUCAAAUCGGGUCAACUCAGCCAAGCGUCUGAUUCAGGCGAAUAUUGCAGAUGUCAAGUAUCUCAUCGGCACAAUAAGGGACUUUCUGACGUCGAGCCAGGUCGACCCGAAAGACAUUCAGAAAAUCAGCGAGUACGUUCUCUCGCUCAGCCUUCCCACAGACGACUUCACGAUCAACAGUAAGAUCAGAGAGUUACGCAGAGUUGCGGCCAAUCUUCCAGACGUGAGCAAGUUCCUGGCCGACACUAAGGAAGACGUUGAGAAGGCGAAGAGACUUCUCGAGUUUGCAAACAGUGCCAGGGACCAAGCCACGGACGUAAAGAAUAAAAUCAGUGAAGUGAACAAUGCCCUGAGAGACACAGAUGAUGCCCUCAAGCAGGCAAACACGAGGAUUAAGAAUGCCAGAACGACGAUUGAUGACACCGCGGAUAAAAUCGAGGAGAUUGAAAACCUCCAAUAUCCAGUGGAUAACGACUUGCAGGAUAUAAUAGGUCGGUUGCAGGGUGUCAGUCAGGCAAUCGAUGACUUAGAGAAACAAAACAACCUGAACAGGCUAAAGGCCAAAGAUGCAGAAAAGAAAGCCAACGAUGCAGAAGACAUGGGUGAUGAGGCUGAGCAGAACAUGAAUGAACUAACCAGGCUCUACAGAAAGCUGAAGAAUACAGUACCAGUUGCACAACCGGGUAACCUCACGGAUCGCAUCAAUGCUGUCAAGCUUGAGGCCGCUGACUACAUCAAAGAGAUGCAGGAGAUAGUGCAGAAAAUUGCAGAAGUCGAACAAAACCUGGCAGAGGGGAACAAGAAUUUGGAGAGAAGAUCAUCCACACUGGACAAUUACCAGAGUCGAGUCAAAAACAUCACAGACUAUAUACGUGAAAAAGCAAGGGCAUAUGACGGGUGCAUAUAGGUGAUCCUCAGGAAACUUGGAAGACAUUUAACUGUUCUUUUCACAUUCAACAUACCUUCUUCCGAGCUAAAGCUAGAUUAUUAAUAUUAAAUAAUAUUCAUUCAAGUUA